AUGUCGGUCCAGCUCUUCGUGCCCAAGGAAUACGGCUAUGUCAUUCUCACCACAAUCGGAACGUGCUUCCUUGGUUUCUGGCAUGCCGGCCGCGUAGCCAACUUCCGCAGAAAGGCCAAAGUCCCGUACCCUAAGGCCUUCGCCGACAGCGGCGACCUCUCUUCUGCUUCAAGCGGCGAGCAGAAGAAGGCCAUGUACAUCUUCAACUGCGCGCAGCGUGCUCAUGCCAAUUAUCUGGAGAACCAUGGCAUGACGAUGGCGGCCAUGCUGAUCGCGGGCGUGCAGCAUCCGCUCUGGGCUACUGGGCUAGGUCUGGUAUGGGCUGCAAACCGCAUCGCCUAUGCGAUCGGGUAUACAAGGGCAGACAAGACUGAUGGCUCGGGGAGAUAUGCGGGCAUUGCGUUCUCCCUUCCUCAAGUGGGGCUUUGUGGCUUGGCCGCCUGGGUGGGUUUGAAGAUGGUGAUGUAG